AUGUCUUCCAUUUGCCCUGUCCAUAUCGAUUAUCUGUCAGCCAUGUCCUUAUCGCUGCGCAGUGUGAUUUUGGUCGAGCUGUUCGGUAUUCGGCGUCUGACCAAUGCAUUCGGUUACCUUCUGAUCUUUCAAGGUUUGGCUGUGAUCCUGGGUCCACCGUUAUUU